AUCAUUUUUCUUCUAAAUUUAUGCAAUACACGGAUCAAAAAGUUCUGUGACACUGUUUUUACUUUGACAAUUAUACAAUUUGUCAAUCAAAUACAAAACGAAAUAAACAGCAUAAGGCAUAAAUGGAGAAAACAUGGAAAGUGGUGAUCCUUUCCAGGAUUGGCCAACGCACAAAAAAAUAUCCCUUGAGCACAGCUACAACUCAUUUUGGAUCCCGCACACCAUGUGAAUAACUGCAGGUCUCCUUUGUUGUCAGUUAAGGUCAGAAUCAACAACAAGGAUGAAACUGGGAACAAAAUAUCAGUUACAUUACAGUUACGAUUACAUUUCUGUCACCUCCCUCCCAAAAACAAAGGCUUGUCUUACUUCUUGCGUCUUACUCAUGUUCAUUUGCGAUCUUUAGCAGGACAACAAUCCAAAAACACACCAGGAAUUUAACAUCUGAAUUUUGCGGUGGCCGAGUCAGAGUCCGACUUCAAUCUGAUUGAAAUUCUGUCAUAUGACCUUGAAGAGGCAAUUGAAUCUGGAAAAGCCUCCAGUAUUGCGGAAUUUAAACAAUUCUGCAAGGAAGAGUGGGCCAAAAUCUCUACAGCGAUGUGAAAGACUCAUUGCCACUUGCUCCUGAGGGUACCCCAACCAAUUUUUAUCUCUAGCAAUUACAAUCAUGCUUUUUUCUCAGGUAUUGAGAAGGGGGCAAAUGCAUUUUCACGGCAUUGUGUACUGGUCGACUGUGUUAUUAUAUAAUGAGAAGACAUAAUUUUCAUGCAUCCACCCAUCGGGUCGAGUCCCGUGGACAGCAGCUUAAGCAGUAAAGUCCAGACGCCCCUCUGCAACGCUCCCAUUAAUUGAGAUUUUUAACUAUUUUUAGGGGGUAUUUUUUACCUAUUUAUAUAAACAUGUUGGUGCUUGGUCCCUAAACCCUUAAAAACAACAACAAUCAAUACAAUAAUAAUUGUAAUGAAUUUGUACAAAUAAAGACCUUCCCCUUCAUCUGUGCCAGUAGUGGAGGUGACCAACUAUAUAUGGAAAAACUAAAAAACAAAAUUAGAAUUUUUAAAUCAUGCUAUUUGUUUACUUAUCGAUACAAUUAAUUACAAUGCAACUUUUUUUAUUUUUUAAAUUAUUUCAGCUCAGUGGCAUCUGCAGGACUGUGAGCACUUUGGCCUCAGUUGCACCUCUGCACAAUUUCUGCGGAUCGUUCAUUUCACCAACACCGUGCGAACUGCAUCUGAUCCGGAGGCACCUGAAGAAUUCAGCGCUCAGGCCAAGGCGGGACGGUUCCUGACGUCCUGGCUUGAGUUGAAUCGGACGUUCCAGUGAGCGGGGUAAACAAUCUCGAAGCAGCGUCGUCCCUCCACACGCACGCUCGCUCCACGAUGAGGCUGGGAAGCAUCAUUUUAUUGGUGGCUCUCUGCUCCUUUAGCGCAUAUUAUGUUUACGAACCCAUUCCCGAGGAUAUAGAGGAGAGAUGGAAACUCAUGCUGACCAACACUUUCUUCAGAAGUCUCAGCCACCUGGCAGACUUGAGCGAAUUAGUAGGUCUGAAGGACUACAUGGGAGUGAUGUACAUCAUAACUUUGAUUGAAAACAUCGCGCCCGCGUCAGACGAACAUAUCAACGUGACGGUGGAGAAAUUUGACGGUGUGGAGGUGGUGCUUUACCAACCAAAGCAGCAAAGUGGCGACACAAAACUCAGGAGGGCCCUCAUAUACCUGCACGGGGGAGGAUGGUGUCUGGGCAGCUCUCGCAUGAGUCCUUACGACCUUCUUGCCAGAAAAGUUGCCACUGAGUUGAAUGCAGUAAUUAUUUCUGUUGAGUACCGUCUUGCCCCUGCCCACCAUUUCCCAGUUCCAUUUGAGGAUGUGUAUCGCGUCGUCAAACACUUUCUCCAGCCAGGGGUGCUCGCCCAGUAUUCUGUGGAUCCGGGACGCAUUGCAGUUUCUGGAGACAGUGCUGGGGGGAACCUGGCAGCUGCUGUCUCCCAACAGUUACUGAAGGAGCCUGCACAAAAGGUUCAGUUGAAAGCCCAAGCCCUCAUCUACCCUGUUCUCCAGGCAUUGGACCUCAACACGCCAUCUUAUCAGCAGAAUCAAGACAUGCCCAUUUUGCCACGCACCCUCAUGGUACGGUUUUGGAGUGAGUACUUGACCAGUGACAAGGCCUUUUUCCGAGCCAUGAUGGCCAACGCCCACAACAACCCCGAGUCCUCCAGCCUGCUGAAGUUCGUCAACUGGAGCGCCUUCCUGCCCGAGACGUAUCACAGAAAAUACAACUACAGUGCUCCUGCCGUGGGCCAGGGGGAGGCAGGCCAAGCGUUUGGCACCGGUGGACCAUCUCAAUCAUUAGCUGACCCAAGGGCAUCCCCUCUGCUGGUUCCGGACGCAGCCUUGCGCUCUCUCCCCAAAGCCUACAUCCUGACUUGCGAGUACGACGUCCUCCGAGAUGACGGGAUCAUGUACGUCACGCGUCUCCGUGCCGCCGGGGUGGAGGUGACGCACGAACACUACGACUCGGGAUUUCAUGGAGCGUUGAUGUUCACAGUGUGGCCGAUGGACUUCCUCAUUGCACACCGCAUGAUGAACAACUACGUGAAAUGGCUCAAUGAAAACUUGUAAAAUAAUAAACAUUUAUGCAAGUGUUGUUGAGCCCAAAUUCUCAAAUCAAGUUUUGUCUUUGUAAAUACAGUAUAUUAAGAAAUAUCUCUAGUGCAUAUUUGUCACUUUUUGACAUUACAAUAUUAUAACUAUAUAUAGCAAGUACUUAUUUUGUCAUGUGCAAAAUAUUGCUCUGGAAAGAGGACUGAAAAUUAUCUGAGUGGACAUUUUGGAGCGCAUUUUGUGUGUCGCAGCUGACAAAUAUUCACGAGAUGCUGCUUCGGUUUCCCCAAAACCCGCAGGAAUGUUGACCCGAUUAGAAUGUCCAUUACAUUAUCAUCGUCGUAUGGCCAAUUGUGUUUGGACAUGGGGCCGUUUUUGCAUACAGGAAGUGAACGUGGAGUUGCACUUUUGCAUCUGUAACAGCUUCCACCCUUCCGGGAAGACUGUGGGAAUUUGUCCUUUCAUCCACAAGAGCACCAUUGAGCUCCAUUCACCACUGACGCUGAACCAGCUGGCUCACAAUCUUUGUUCUAAUUUAUCUUUCAUUUGGUUGAUAGGAUAAUUCUGUCCCCCAACUCAUCGAGAAGUGUUUAUGGACUUUACUUUGUACAUGGGGAGGAACAUAUGAGGACUUGGGUUUCUUCAAAGUCAUGGUCAAAGGUGACUCCCCUCAGGCCUGAUUGGUCCAUUUAUUAGGAUUAUCUCCUCGUAGAAUUAGCAUUAAUAAAUGCACCUUGUAAGGGUUUUGUUGAAUGUUGUUGUGAAACCUAAUAAAAGAGUUGCCCAAAUGAA